CUCGUGUAGAAGAUAUUAAUACGUUAUUAUGUAUUAAAGAGAAUGACAAACGCAUGAUAGGGAUUUUUGGUAUUGGUGGAAUUGGUAAAACAACUAUUGCAAAAGAGAUGUAUAACCGCAUUACUGAUAAGUUUGAAGGCAGUUGUUUUCUUGCAAAUGUUAGAGAAUCAUCAAAACAAGAUCAAGGUGGUCUCGUGAAGUUGCAACAGACAAUUCUUUCUGAAAUUCUUAAAGAUUCAAGUUUGAAAGUUGGUAAUGCUGAUCAAGGAAUCAAUUUGAUAAAGAAGAGACUUUGCUGUAAAAAAAUUCUUCUGAUUCUUGAUGAUGUUGAUCAUUUGGACCAAUUAGAAAAAUUAUGUGAAAGAUGCGAUUGGUUUGGUUCUGGGAGUCGAAUCAUCAUAACAACAAGGGAUGAGGGUUUACUAACUAAGCAUCAUGUUCAUUUCAAAUAUCGUAUGAAGGAAAUGGAUUACCAUGAAGCUGUUCAGCUCUUUAGCCAGCAUGCUUUCAAAAGUCACAAACCUGAUGAAGCUUUUGCAGAUGUCAUAAAACUUGCAUUCAAGUAUGCUGGCAGCCUUCCACUCGCUUUAAAAGUGUUAGGCUCAAAUCUAUAUGGAGAAGAUAUACAUUAUUGGAAAAGCGAAUUGGAAAAGUACAAAAGAAUUCCAGAAGAAAAUAUUCACGAAAAACUCAAAAUAAGUUACGAUGGAUUAGAUUAUCAUACAAAAAAGAUUUUCCUUGAUAUUGCAUGUUUCUUCAAAGGAGACGAGAGAGAAUAUGUCACUAAAAUACUAGACAGUUGUGGUUUCUUUGCCUAUGCUGGUAUCAAAAAGCUCAAUGAUAAAUGUCUCAUAACGAUUGAUCAACAUAAUGAUGACCAAUACUUGUGGAUGCAUGACUUACUAGAAGAUAUGGGUAAAGAAAUUGUGCGACAAGAAUCACCCGAAGAACCUGGCAAGCGCAGCAGAUUAUACUUUCAUGAAGACAUUCGUGAAGUAUUUGAAAAAAAUAAGGGAACAGAGAAAAUUGAAGGCAUAUUGAUAGAUCUGCCUCAGGAAGACUGCAAGACACAAUUCAGUACUAAGGCGUAUGCUACCAAUUUCCUUUAA